UUUUCCUUCUAGGGCAUCGUAUGGUAUCUAUCCGUGCGUAGGGGUGACUGACUGGUGACACAUGACCAGACAAACGGUCAGUAAAGCAGAGUAGGAUGAACAUGAACUUCCCAACGAGAAUUGCAGUUAGACUUCCUCUGUUCAACGCUCCUUUGCUUCCUUAUUUCACUGCCCAUCUCAGUAUCAGAGGCGUACCCAGCAUUGGGUUUGUGUCGUUCUCGCGAAAUCAUACGGUUCCGAGAGCAAGCUUUGGGAAGAAAAUGGCGUUGAGUUCUGAGAAAAACGGCGUUUGCGUCGAGAAUAUAUGUGGGGUGGUUCUUCCGGCCUCCGAGACUCACGCUGAGGAGGCUUGCGAAGCUCUUAGAGCUGGAAAGGUCAUUGCUGUGCCCACUGAUACUCUCUAUGGAUUCGCCUGCGAUGCUUGUUCUUUGGAAGCAGUUAAUAGGAUAUACAAGAUUAAAGGGCGUAAACACACAAGCCCACUUGCAAUAUGCGUUGGCGAUGUAUCAGAAAUAAAGCGGUUUGCUGAUACGGAGCAUUUGCCAAAUGGAUUACUCGAGUCUCUCCUACCAGGACCUGUCACUGUUGUACUAAAGCGAGGGGAGGCAAGCAUUCUUGAGAAGUCUCUAAAUCCGGGACUGGAGAGUAUUGGAGUCCGAGUGCCCGACUAUGACUUCAUAAGAGUCAUUGCCCGUGGACUGGGAAGCGCGCUGGCUCUUACAAGCGCAAAUCUAAGUGGGCAGCCAAGUAGUGUUAGCAUCAAGGAUUUUGAGAACCUGUGGGAACACUGCGCCUAUGUUUAUGAUGGCGGCGAGCUUCCUUCAGGUAGAGCAGGCUCAACUGUUGUGAACCUCACCAGACUAGGGAAGUACAAAAUCCUCAGACCAGGAAGUGCAAUGGUGGAGACUGUUGCAAUCCUUGAAAGGCAUUCUUUAGUCGAAGAAGCGAUGGGUACUUGAAACCAUGUGUAGCUCAUGUUUUUUGUUUUUGUUAUUUUUGGAACUGGGAUGGGAAAUUCAAAUUAUAGACCCCAGCAUUAAAGAUUUGGAGUGCGAGUUUACCGGUAGGCUACAACCAUCCCAUGUUUGUUUGUAGGUUCGAUAUCAUAUGGCAUUGGCCAAGGGAUUUAUUUCUAUAUGGGCAUUGGUAAAACUAUUACCACGUCUACUUCAUUGUAUUUUAAUGAGUUUUUUAUUUUUAUUUUUUUUAUAA